CUCCUCUAUCCGUUGUGUCAAACACUUAUCCCCCGAAAUUCGUGUAGUUGCUUAGCGAAAAAUAAUCUCCAAAAACAACUCCAUAACAAUAUGAUAAUGAAGGGUAACCCGUGCCAUACUAGUGAUGAUGGUGAAUGAAUGAAGUGGAUACAACAACUGGGACAAAAUGAUCAGCGUAAAGGCACUUACUCCAGUCAUUGGGGUCAACCCAAUCCUCUAGCAAUGAAUUAAGCACCCCAGCCGACCUCCCGAUGAGAUGGAAAUGAAGCCAAAUCAGGAGAUUUGCAACAAAACUUCAGAAUCAUUGGAAAAUCAUGCAAGCAUGGUUCUCAGUAAGUCAUCAUCCCACACUAAUGAAAAUGGCAUAUCAGAAAGUCACCAGUCGACCUCUGAUGCAUUUCCAGCUCUGACUAAUUCAUCAAAUAAUCGAGGUUCGACUGAGCAAUUAUCCAAAUCCAAUAAACAAACCGAGACAUCGGACAUUCAAAACACCACCGAAAAUAUUAAUAAGAAUUCAUCAGUCCCAUCAGAAGAGCGAUAUCAUAAUGGCACACAAAGUUCAUCCCCCCAGGACACCGAUAACGACAAGAGCACUGAAUCAAAUGACUCAUCAAAUAACGAAACAAUGGAAAAAAAAAUCAUGCAGGAAUCACUAGAUAAUGUAGAGGUAUCUCCAAGCUACUCGCAGUCAUUUUCAUGCGUCAAAGAGCCUCACCGUAAAAACAUGAUCAGAAAAAAAGAAUUUUUGAAGAGUAAUCGUCAGUCGCACAGUUCAGAGAAGCCAUCUAAACCAUCGAGCAACCACAACAGCUUCUUCCCCGAAGAGGAUUCCAAUAACUCGGACGAGGCUAGUGGUACGAACGAUCAGAAGCAGCAGCAGCAACAGCAGCAGCAAUUGAGCACAGAUGUCUCAGAGGAUGGAGCAGCAGCGAUAGCAGAGGACACUCAGUCCUUAUCCCUCCUUCCUUCCACUUCCUCGAAGGAUUCAUCUGUAGGACUGCCUCAGUCUGAUAGCCUCGAUGGUGCAGUGAAAAUUGAUCUGAAGAAACCCUUCAAACUUCCCAGUUUAGUAAACCUCUUCGAAGCAGCAGAGGCAGCCCAGAGAAUUGAGCUCGAGGGCAGUGCAUCAGCCCUGAUGGAGCCAUCGAGUUCGAAUUCUCGAGAGAUGGAGGAGGAAGAAGACGCCCAGGGGCUGGACCUAGAACCUCGUAGGUCGUACAGCAGUGAAGGUAGUAAUUCGGAUACAGAGCCUCGUAAAGACCCAUCCAGCAAGAAACAACGAAGUCUCAAUGGAAAUGGACCACAAGUUGAGUAUUACCAGUUAUGGAGGAGUACAGGAGGUGGAGAGUCGUCAGCAUCAUCAGGAGCACCUUUCGACAGUCUCUAUCCAAAUCCCCCACCAUUGCCCCCUCGAGCUGUCCACAAACCCCUGCACAGGAGCAAUGCCCUUCACUCCCACAAACACCUGACGACAGGUCACCCCUGUCGCCCAGAGGACUGUUUUGGUUUUGAAAUUGUUGACGUGGAUGAGGCAGUAGGAUUGAAGCCUCGAACAGCUGUGACUAAGAGCAUCGCUCUGCUCAGUUCUCCAAGGACUCACAGACCUUUGACGAGGCCAGGGGUGGCAGGAGCGAGUAGCAGUGGGACUGGGACUGGGACUGGAUCAUCUCAAUCCGAGUGCCCACCAACUCCCACCCAUCGUCCAAAACCACUGAGGCCUUUGCCAAUGUGCUCUUCAACUGCUAAUUCUUCUCUAACGAAUGAAGAACCCCUUCCACCGUCCUGGGAAGCUAGAAUCGAUAGCCAUGGACGAGUAUUUUAUAUUGAUCAUAUUAAUCGUACGACCACUUGGCAGAGACCAGGACAAUCAUCAAGGAACACUGGAUGUGAGAUGAGACGGCAACAGUUGGAUAGAAGAUACCAGAGUGUGAGGAGAACAAUAUCUCGACCAGAUAACAUGGAUCGAAUCGAGAGAGAAGGUGCUCAGGGUGAGAACAGUGAACGGCGGACGUCCGAUCGACCGGAGAGACCGAGUGAUCCUCAGGCUAAUCCAGAGCCUUUUGAUAUAUCCACUAUUCCACCAAUUUUAUUCCUCUCCCGGCCAGACUUCUUCAACGUUCUUCACACAAAUUUAGAUGCAAUGGAACUGUACAAUAGAAAUCCAAGCUUGAAGCACAUGAUAAGUAGAAUCCGAAGAGAUCCCCUCGUUUUCCCGAGGUACGAGCACAACAGAGAUCUCGUAGCUCUGAUCAACUUCUUCGCUGACAUAAGUAAAGAGUUACCCCGGGGGUAUGAAUCAAAAUUCGACAGGACUGGUAAAAGAUUCUUCAUAAGUCAUGCUAGAAAAGCAACUUCGUUCAUUGACCCUAGAUUACCAACCGAAGCAGCUCAUCCUAGAACUCUGUUGGACGAAGCCCCCAUCCCCCCACCGAGACCCCAACAGUCCGGAGUGACAACCACCCCCGAUAUACCUGUAGCCUACAACGACAAAGUUGUUGCCUUCCUCCGCCAGCCAAAUAUCAUGGAUAUUCUUAAAGAACGACAUGCGCCACUCGGCCAAAAUAUAGCCCUCCGUGAAAAAGUCAAUACGAUACGAGUGGAAGGUGCUACAGCCCUGCAACGAUUGGGCCACGAUGUGCCUCUGGCACUGCUGUUGAGUCUCUUCGAGCAGGAAAUAAUGUCCUAUGUACCCGGAAAUAUUGGACGUUCGCCAAUUGGCAGUCCGCAUGCAUCGCCUGGAUUGACGAGGGCCUCUGCACGUGCGCCAGCACCUUAUAGAAGAGAUUUCGAGGCGAAACUCAGGACUUUUUACAGAAAAUUGGAAAGCAAGGGAUUCGGCCAGGGUCCUGGCAAACUUAAACUCCACAUUCGACGGGAGCACUUGCUCGAGGAUGCCUUCACUAGAAUCAUGGCGGCUUCUAAGAAGGAUUUACAAAAGGGAAAACUCGUGGUGAUAUUCGAUCAUGAGGAGGGCUUGGACUACGGUGGUCCUUCCAGGGAGUUUUUCUUUCAUUUAUCUCGAGAGCUAUUCAAUCCUUAUUACGGCCUGUUCGAGUAUUCUGCUAAUGAUACUUAUACAGUUCAGGUCUCGCCGAUGUCGGCUUUUGUCGACAAUUAUCACGACUGGUUCAGAUUCUCUGGAAGAGUUUUGGGAUUAGCUCUAGUUCAUCAGUAUUUACUCGAUGCAUUCUUCACUAGACCGUUUUACAAAGCUCUACUGAGAUUACCAGCUAGUCUCAGUGAUCUCGAGAGUCUCGAUCAGGAGUUCCAUCAGAGUCUCAUGUGGAUCAAGGAACGAGACAUCAGUAUUGAACCCCUGGAAUUGACUUUUUCAGUUACUGAGGAGCUCCUGGGGCGAGUCGCCGAGCGGGAACUAAAGCCUGGAGGACGUAAUAUUGCAGUAACUGAGAAGAAUAAGAAAGAGUAUCUAGAGAGAGUCGUCAGGUGGAGACUGGAACGUGGGGUUUCCGAGCAAACUGAAUCGCUCGUGCGAGGCUUCUACGAAGUCGUCGAUCCUCGACUGGUCUCGGUUUUUGAUGCACGUGAAUUGGAACUUGUGAUCGCUGGUGCUGCUGAGAUUGAUUUGAUCGACUGGAGGGCACACACUGAGUACAGGAGUGGCUAUCAUGAUGGCCAUCCAGUCGUCGAGUGGUUCUGGAGUAGUAUAAGUCGAUUCACCAAUGAACAACGACUCAGGCUUCUUCAAUUUGUCACUGGGACGUCGAGCAUUCCAUAUGAGGGAUUCGCAGCGUUGAGGGGAUCGACGGGACCAAGAAGAUUCUGCAUUGAGAAGUGGGGGAGACCAAAUAGUUUACCGAGGGCUCACACGUGUUUCAAUAGAUUGGACUUACCGCCUUAUCCAACCCCCGAAAUUUUGUACGAAAAAUUAUUACUGGCGGUCGAGGAAACAAACACCUUCGGUAUCGAGUAAUUUCAUUCACUUACGCUGUUAAAAAAUUAAGAGAAUUUUAAACGUCCACUUUUAUUCCUAUACUUAAAGGAUAAAAAAUGCAUGUGAUACUGAGCGUAUCGCAAGGAUUCAGUGAUAUCGAUAACAAAUUUUUAAGCUAGUGUAACAAAUUGUAAAUAAUUGAGAGGCGGGAUCAUUGGCUUUUUGCUUUCACUGCAUCAUGAGAGAAGAUUUUUAAUUUAUUUUUCGAAGCGGAUAGACGUUGUUUAUUUAUUCCCACAUACGAUUUCUAUUUAUUACGCACAUAUUUAAUAAACAUCCGUGAUGUAUCUGAAUGUUCAGAUGGAGUAGGAAAAACGGGUCGGUAAAUGUAUACGUUUUGCAAUACGAAAUAUCAACUCAAAGUCGCAUUAUUUGCUCACAAAAUGCAUCGAUGUUUAAUUCAACUAUUUCCUAAGAAAAUAUUAAUAUAGGCAGUUUCAGGGAAUCGUAAUUUCGUAUGCAUUAUAUUGUAUAUUAUAAUAAUACCGGAUAGUACAUUCAAAGGCUGAAAAUAAUUGUUGAGGUACUCCAACGUGUUCCAUCCGAAUAAUUUGUGGUUCGCGGUUGAAAUUACAACAACGAAUUAAUUAAGCUUCAUCGUGCUUAGUUUGUUUUUAAUACAAAAAUCGAAAAAUACUCGCUAGUAAAUAAAUGAACUACCGAGUGAGUUCAUCGCAGUGUUAUUUUUCGUCCAGAGCAAGCACAAUAUUUACAUAGUGAAUAGUGCCGAAGCACUUUGCUAUUUAUAAAAAAAAAAAA